GCGGGUUUUAAACGAACAGUUAUUCUCGCCGCUGGAAUGGAUGAUAGGUUCAUUAUCUAGGUCGUUUUCAUUCAGAACGGCUUGAGAACUGGCUGGGAUGAAUUGAAGAUGGUUUCUGCUCGUUAGAGUGGUACCGAAUUGAUGGUGUGAGGCUCGAGAGCGUCUUUUGUCUUAGACGAGAUUCGGUGGCUGCUGGAGGUUUUAAUGACAGUUCAGCGAACGGUAGACUGGAAUGUCACCUCUGUUAGCGGUCAACGCUGCCUACCCCUGACCUCCCGAACCCAGCAGCGGCGCAUCUUUGCAGACACCGCCGAUGCUGGUACUACCGAGAAUUAUGGACGUCUUCGCGGAGAAGCGGUGUUGUGGCUUUAACUACAUUGCAGACCAAAUGUGUGCGCAAGUACUGGUACUUAUGGUUAAAAUGGAUUGAGGUCAGGGUGGUCUUAUACCUUUUAUUUUGCUUUUAUGUUCGUUGUAUCUUGCCAACUGAGUCACCAAAAUGUUGACCACUUUCGAAUCCAUCAAGAAGAAUUUUAAGCUAAAACCUCAAACUGUCUGCAUCGAUAACUGGAUUUUCCGUCUCCAUUAUCGCAUCACGACUUUGAUAUUUCUGGUGGCCACCAUCUUGGUGACCUCUAGACAAUACAUAGGGGAACAUAUCAGAUGUAUCAGCGACAAGGGAGUCCCCGAGAAUGUCUUGAACACUUUCUGUUUCUUCACCAGCACGUUCACUGUGGUGAAACAAUAUGACGACAAAAUGGUGGAAAGAGCAGAAGUAGCCCAUCCUGGUGUUGGCUCAUAUGGGUUCAAUUCGACUGAACCCAUCCAGAGACACGCCUACUACCAAUGGGUUCCUUUCGUCUUAUUUGGGCAAGCGAUCAUGUUCCACCUGACCCAUCUCAUGUGGAAGAAGUUUGAAGGUGGAAGAAUUCGCCUCCUGAUUGAAAAACUUCGCUACAGCAGUUACUCUCUAUUAGAGAAGGAAAUUGAAAUCAAAGGCACCAAAAUUCCCCCGAAAGAACAAAAGGAAGAAUUUUUGAAAACUAUCAAAAGAGCUUUCAUUGAACGCAUCCUUAUCAACAAAUCGUGGGGCCGGUGGCUGGUUUUUUGUGAAUUCUUGAACGUACUUAACGUGGUACUUCAAAUCUACAUCACAGACAUGUUCCUAGGGGGGAAAUUUAUAAAUUUAGGGAUUGACGCUGUGAACGAUGGGCUUGAAGAGACCGUGACUGUGUUGGACGAGGUGUUUCCCAAGGUGACGAAAUGCUCCUUCUACAAGUACGGUCCUUCCGGCAGCAUCCAGAUCCACGACGCCAUGUGCGUCAUGGCGCUCAACAUCAUCAACGAAAAAAUCUACAUCAUCCUGUGGUUCUGGUUCAUUAUCCUCUUCAUUGUGUCGUCUUUGGCGAUCAUCUGGAGGAUCCUCACCAUCUGUCUGCACUCCAGGAGUACCAAGUUCAAUCAGAUCGUCUUCUCGACGACGAGUCCUGGAAGGCUCAAUCCUUGGAACACGCUCACGGUGACCCAGCGUUGCGAUUUUACGGAUUGGUUGUUUUUGAACUAUUUGGCGAAAAAUAUGGACGCUUUGGUUUUCAAAGAUUUGUUUAUUGGGUUGGCGGAGGAUUUGGAGGAGAAUAAGAAACCGUUGAUUACUUUAGAUAGUGAUGAGGAGAGUGGGACUCUCGAAAAAACGCACAAGUAUGACUGAUGUGAUAUUAUUGGCUUUUGUAUUCUAGUCGUUUUAUAGUGUGCUGAUGUAAGUCUGAGAUAUUUUGUGCAGUGUUAUGCACGACGAUUUUUUGUGUAGCUAUAGUUUUUAAGUCUUGUACUGAGCUUAUUAAAGAAUAGAUGUUUAUA